AUGGAUUCCAUUUUAGAUUUUUCAAAAGAAUUGGAUAUCAAUGUCCUAGACCAGGUAGUUGACACAUUUUAUAAUGCCUCCGGCCCACAGCAAAAACAAGCUCAGGAUGCCUUAACAAAGUUCCAGGAGCAUCCAGAUGCAUGGCAACGUGCAGAUCAAAUUUUGCAGUUUUCCAAAAAUCCCCACGCUAAGUUCAUUGGAUUAUCUAUUUUAGACAAAUUAAUUACCACAAAAUGGAAGCUAUUACCAAAUGAGCAACGUGUUGGUAUUAGAAACUUUAUUGUAGGUAUGAUUAUCUCAAUGUGCCAGGAUGAUGCUGUUUUCAAAACCCAGAAAAAUUUGAUCAACAAGUCUGAUUUAACUUUGGUACAAGUUUUGAAACAAGAAUGGCCUCAAAACUGGCCAGAAUUUAUCCCAGAAUUAAUUGGUAGUUCUGCCUCUUCAGUAAACGUAUGUGAAAACAAUAUGGUUAUCUUAAAAUUGUUAUCGGAAGAGGUCUUCGACUUUUCAGCCGAACAGAUGACCCAAGCUAAGGCUUUGCAUUUGAAACAGUCAAUGUCAAAAGAAUUUGAGCAGAUCUUCAAGCUCUGUUAUCAGGUGCUAGAACAAGCAUCUUCUUCUUCCUUAGUAGUAGCAGCCUUAGAGUCAUUAUUGAGAUAUUUACACUGGAUCCCAUAUCGUUACAUUUAUGAAACAAAUAUACUGGAGUUACUGAGUACCAAGUUUUUAGCUUCUGCUGACACUAGAGCGGUGACCUUAAAGUGUUUAACCGAGGUAUCAAGUUUAAAGAUCCCACAAGAUAACACUUCCAUAAAACAACAAAGCGUCAUAUUUUUCCAAAAUACUUUACAACAAAUUGCCCUGAACGUAAUCCCUAUGACAGCAGAUCUCAAGAACACAUACAACUCUGCAAAUGGUACAGACCAAUCAUUUUUACAGGAUUUCGCCAUGUUUUUAACAACUUAUCUCUCUAACCACAGAUCCUUACUAGAAAGUGAUGAAUCAUUGAGAGAGUUAUUAUUAAACGCUCACCAAUACUUAAUUCAACUAUCUAAGAUUGAAGAAAGAGAAUUGUUUAAAACAACUUUAGAUUACUGGCACGAUCUAGUCUCAAACUUGUUCUACGAAGUGCAGCAGCUUCCAGCAAAUGAACUAAACCCCUUAAUGCAAUUAACUGUCGGUAGUCAAACAAUUUCCACCGGGUCAGGUGCUUUGAGUCCUGAUUUCAUGAAAAGAUAUCCACUGAAAAAACAUAUCUACGAAGAUAUUUGUUCUCAAUUAAGACUUGUUAUCAUUGAAAACAUGGUAAGACCAGAAGAAGUUUUAGUUGUUGAAAAUGAUGAAGGUGAAAUUGUCAGAGAGUUUGUCAAAGAAUCCGAUACCAUUCAACUUUAUAAAUCGGAAAGAGCAGUCCUUGUUUAUUUAACCCAUUUAAAUGUUGUUGACACGGAGCAAAUCAUGAUCAACAAACUUGCUAGACAGCUUGAUGGUUCUGAAUGGUCAUGGCAUAACAUUAAUACUUUGUCAUGGGCUAUUGGUUCCGUGUCCGGUACGAUGAAUGAGGAUACUGAGAAACGUUUUGUUGUUACUGUUAUCAAGGACUUGCUAGCCUUAACUGAAAAAAAGAGAGGCAAAGACAACAAGGCUGUUGUUGCAUCUGAUAUUAUGUACGUCGUUGGUCAAUAUCCAAGAUUUUUGAAAGCGCAUUGGAAUUUCUUAAGAACUGUUAUUUUGAAGUUAUUUGAGUUCAUGCAUGAAACACAUGAAGGUGUUCAAGACAUGGCAUGUGAUACAUUCAUUAAGAUUGUUCAAAAAUGUAAAUAUCAUUUUGUUAUUCAACAACCACGUGAGUCUGAACCAUUUAUCCAAACAAUUAUUAGGGAUAUUCAAAAAACGACAAGUGAUUUACAGCCUCAACAAGUUCACACCUUCUACAAGGCUUGUGGUAUCAUAAUUUCUGAGGAAAGAAACUCUGCUGAGAAAACUAGAUUGUUGAACGAUCUAAUGCAACUACCGAAUAUGGCAUGGGAUGCAAUUGUAGAACAGUCUACUGCAAACCCAGCGCUAUUGCUCGAUCCAGAAACUGUUAAGAUCAUUGCAAAUAUCAUCAAAACUAAUGUUGCUGUCUGCAGCUCAAUGGGUGCCGAUUUCUAUCCUCAACUAGGUCAUAUUUAUUACAAUAUGUUGCAACUAUAUAGGGCUGUUUCAUCUAUGAUAUCAAGCCAAGUUGCCUCGGAAGGUGUAAUCGCCACAAAGACACCAAAAGUGCGUGGUUUAAGAACAAUCAAGAAGGAAGUCUUGAAAUUGGUUGAAAUUUAUAUAUCAAGUGCAAAGAACCUAGAAGAGGUCGUUAAAGUUUUGGUCGAACCUUUAUUAAAUGCAGUCCUAGAAGACUACUUGAACAACGUCCCUGAUGCCAGAGAUGCCGAAGUUUUGAACUGUAUGACAACUGUAGUCAGUAAGGUCGGCCAUAUGAUACCACAAGGUGUCAUUUUAAUCCUACAAAGUGUUUUUGAAUGUACAUUAAACAUGAUCAACAAAGAUUUUACUGAAUAUCCAGAACAUCGUGUUGAAUUUUACAAGUUGUUGAAGGUUAUAAAUGAAAAAUCAUUCAAUGCCUUUUUGGAGCUACCACCAGCUGCUUUUAAAUUAUUCAUUGACGCUAUCUGUUGGGCAUUUAAACAUAACAAUAGAGAUAUUGAGGUGAAUGGUCUUUCUAUUGCAUUACACUUGGUCAAAAACAUUGAGAGUAUGGGAAAUACACAAUUUGCCAACACUUUCUAUAAAAACUUUUACUUCACUUUUGUUAGUGAGACCUUUUUCGUUUUGACUGAUUCUGACCAUAAAUCUGGAUUUUCUAAACAGUCUUUAUUAUUGGUAAAGUUAAUUUCCUUAGUUUUAGACAAUAAAAUUUCAGUACCUAUCUAUGAAGAAAAUCAAGCACCACAAGGCACCUCUAAUCAAGUAUUUUUAAGCCAAUAUUUAGGUAAUAUGCUAUCCAAUGCUUUCCCACAUCUGACAGCUGAACAAAUAACGAAUUUCUUAAACGCAUUGAUGAAGCAAUAUAGGGACACCGCAAAAUUCAACGGUAUUCUAAGAGAUUUCCUUGUUCAAAUCAAGGAAUUCGGUGGGGAUCCAACUGAUUACUUAUAUGCUGAAGAAAAGGAAAAUGCAGUUGAAGAACAAAACAAGCUACAAAGAGAAAAAGCCGCGAUGGUUGGUGGUUUGUUAAAACCAUCCGAAUUGGAUGAUUAA